GUUAUAGCGCGGUAGCUGUACUUUCAGCACCACUGAGGACGUGUGCAUCACGCCGAGUUCACACCGAGUUUUUAGCGCAUAGGCUAUUUCAUUUCAUCUUUCUCGGUCUGGAUCGCUAAUUUAAGGAUAAAAGGCGAUUUAAGAAACCAUACAGGGCUAAUAACCUUUAUUACCUGGAAAACACCUGUUUGGGGGGAUUUUCUCCAAAUAACUUUUUCAAAUGCAUUGUGAUUAUUUUCGAAGUCCACGGAAACGCGGUGUUGCUGGUGGUUUUAUGUGAAGACGCCGGAGCGGGAAAUUAACAAAAUAUCUUUUAUUUUUGAAAGGGCUUUCUCCCUCAGAAUAAACAGAUUACAUGUGCGCGUGAUAAAUGCAAAGUGUUCCGAACUGAUUACCUUUGAGUUGCACUUGCUUUCGAAAUGGUCACUUUCUUUGUUGGACUUCUAUACAUUUGCGCGCUGGUGAGUGGAAAGGUGGUUCGUGCAAAUGGUCAACCGAAGGGCAGUCGCUUCAUGUGCACGGCCGUACCUGCGGGCACAGAUGUCAGCUGCCCGGUGGAGACAACGAAUCGGGUGCAAAGUACGAGCCCGCAGGAGGAAGAGUUCAGGAACACAAUCAUUCAACUCCGAGAGACCAUUUUGCAGCAAAAAGAGACCAUCGUUAGUCAGCAGGGCACGAUCAAAGAGCUUAACUCCAAACUUUCUCGCUGUGAAGCCGCAGCUCAAGAUACACGAGAUGCCAAGUCGCGAGGUGGCUCGCGGAGAAAGGACUACAGCAAAAUCACAAUGGGAGAUCUGCCGCGUGAUCCUACAGAGACCAUAGAUCAGCUGGGCAAGACCAUGCAGAGUCUGAAGCACCGUCUGGAAAGCCUGGAGCAGCAGCAGCGCGCUAACGCGUCCAGCAUGGAAGCGGUAACCUCGGCGCUCCCCGGCGACCUGCGCGACCUGCUGAAGCAGCGCCUGGGUGACCUGGAGGGCCAGCUCCUGCGCAGGGUGGCGGAGCUGGAGGAGGAGAAGAGCCAGUUGUACAACGAAACGGCGGCCCACCGCCAGCGCACAGAGAGCACCCUCAGCUCACUGCUGGACAGGAUCGGCGAGCUGGAGAGAAGUAACAAUGCAUUUAAGUCCCCAGAGGACUUCAAGAUAUCUCUGCCCUUGCGCACAAAUUAUCUGUAUGGCCGUAUCAAGAAGAGUCUGCCGGAGAUGUAUGCCUUCACUGUGUGCAUGUGGCUCAAGUCCAGUGCUAGUCCCGGAAUCGGAACUCCUUUCUCCUACGGCGUCCGCGGACAGGCCAACGAGAUCGUGCUAAUAGAAUGGGGCAACAACCCCAUCGAGCUGCUCAUCAAUGACAAAGUGGCUCAGCUGCCUCUGUCUGUGAGCGACGGCCGAUGGCAUCACAUCUGCAUCACCUGGACAACCAGGGACGGCUUCUGGGAGGCCUAUCAGGAUGGUGAGAGACUAGGCACCGGAGAGAACCUGGCCCCCUGGCACCCAAUUAAACCUGGAGGAGUGAUCAUACUGGGUCAGGAACAGGACAUCGUCGGCGGGAGGUUCGACGCCACGCAGGCUUUCGUCGGGGAGCUGAGCCACUUCAACAUGUGGGAUCGGGUCCUGAGGCCCGCGGACAUUGCCGGCAUGGCCAACUGCUCGGCCUACAUGCCGGGCAAUGUCGUGCCCUGGAUAGACGGUAACGUGGAGGUGUUGGGAGGAGCUGCAAAAGUAGCGCUGGAGAUCUGCGAGGACCGCCUCUUUGACUCGUAGGAGCCCGCCCACCCCAUUCGGCUCUGUCGCCAUUUUUCUGAGGUGAAGCACUUCGCUAUGCUGCUUCGGGGCAACUGUGGAAGGAAAAGGUGGUUUGCUGAAACAGUAUUCGCUGUGCUUAUGAGCGUUCCUUCUGGCUGAUUUCCCCUUUCUGCUGUUUUGCAUUUUGUUUAAAGUUUUAGCGUCUGCGAGGUCUGAUUCAGUAACUGUGAUAUGUGUGAUAAGUGUGUAAAUGUCUGGGGUUUUUUCCUUUUUAAAAAAAAAAAUCAGGUUUGAGAACAGUUGAGUACAUCCAAGCUUUGGCUUCUUGGUGAUGUUCUGUAUGCAUUUGUCUUGCACAUGUCUUUCAAAUGUACCUCCUUCAAAAACCCGUAUGAGUUUAUUAAAAAAAAAAAACAAUUCUACAAAAAAGUGAUCACAAAUGUGAUCACUCCCAUAUGUUCAAUUUGAAGGUUCUUUUGAGUCUUGCAUCACUUGUGAGAAGAGUUUUUAACAAUGAGUGAAAAUUAGUGCACCACAGUAGAGGGCUUGGAACAGAAAUUAUUUGCUUUUAAAAACAUUUGUGAAUGAAUAACUUCAAACAUGCAGAAUUGUCUUCGCACCCAAAGGUAACAGUGUGUUCAUGUUUAUGUUGGUGUGCAUAUGUGUGCUCGUGGAUUCAUUAAGGGAAUUAGUGGAGAGAAACAUUCACUCACUCUCGAGUAGCUGCCAUCUCCAGCAGAUUUUUCCACACAGCUUGGUGAGGUUAAAAGCAAAGUUGCCAAAGACUGGCCUACAAUUCCCAGCAUCCCUUAUCCGCAGAAAGCAACCAGAAGGAGAGAGGCCGAGUGUUGACCCUUAUUCAUCUAGCAAAGCACUGGAUUUAUUCGUUAAGGAAGUAGAUGCUUUGGAAUUUUUGAUGCACUUUUGUAGAUGAGAUUUGUUCACCAUGACCAAUGACUUUAGAUGAACUGUGAGCAAGCUGUUGCAGAAGAGGUGUUGUACAUUUAAUAGACUUGCUUAAUGGUACAUGUACAUAAUCAGAGUUUUUAUCUCAAAACCUUUGAGACCCUAGCACAAAGCACUGAAAACAAUUAAAGUAUUGGAAAGUAAUAAUGCUAAAGAUGAAGGAGAGACCGCUUGCUUUCUCUUUACACGUGACAACAGGAAGAUGUAAAGCAUUGCCCUCGUGAAGCUUCAGAGAGGAACCUGCGUUAUUUUUGUACAUUAGUCCAUUAGCGCUUGAUCAGUUUAGACCACAUACUGCACUGUACAGUAAUGUUUAAGUAAAGCCAUGGGAUAGCUACAUUAUAACGGACCUUUAUGUAUGCCAAGAUUUCAGUGCUGUCUGCACAUGUUUUCAUGUGCACCACCAUGCCUGUCAGCCUUGUAUCUAGUGCUGUUAAAAUGUAGGAAAGCAUUCGCAGGUUGAUGAGUGGAAAGAUAAGAUCAAAAUCUCAUAGCUUCUCCGUAGAAUGUAUUAUUCAUAAAUGUUUAGAACCCACUAAUUGGCAGAAAGUUGUUUGCUGCCGUUUUGUGUCCUUUAAGAGGCAGAGAAUGCUGCACUGAUGCAAUGAUGCUGGUACAACAUUCUCAACUAUUGUUUAUUAGCAUUUGGUUGUGAUUGCAAACCUGUUGCUCUGUAUGUACUCCAGGAGAAAAUUCUGUAAUAUAAAUGGUUUGUGUAUUUUUAUCUGUUCUGUUAAAAAUGUCAACAUUUUGAAUCUGAAUUUCAUGUUCAAAAGUUGUAUGGCCUCCUAGCACCAACUGUGCUCUCUUGGUCUGUCAAAGAUUCUGUCUUUAAAUGUAAGCAUCUAUUCUAGUGCGAGUGUAGCGUGACAUGGCUGGAUUGGUAAAACUGAAAGUAAACUGAAAGUGCUUCUGAUUUAGCCUCUGCCUCUCUUUCCUCAUAAGAACCUUCUCAUGCAGUUUAAUACUGAGGUGUGGCUGAAUAUCUU